CUCGACCCGGUGGCAAGACGACAACACCGACGAGCAAACCGCCUAGAUAAACAGAAAGCGGGAGAUUGGACCUCUGCUCACCCUCACCCGCCGCAACACCCCAGCAUCACCACCAUCCCAGCCGCGAAAUCCGAACACCACCCAACGAGCCCAAGACACAAGACCGAACGAGACCCCCACGACGAGACCCAAAAACAGGAGGGGCCUCUCCCAAAGAGCAGAGCGCUCCCUCUCCCUCCGGCCCAACACACCAACAACACCCACCCACACCCACACCCACAGCCCGCCACCAAGAUGGGCAUAGCAAACAUAGCAAACGCCUGCGCGCACCUCCAGAACGCCUCCCGCGCCCGCCUGGGCCUGACCUCCCUCCCAAACACGAAAUACAACCUCCUCUUCGCGCUGGCCCUGCACCGCUCGGGGCUGGUGUCGCACGUCGUGCGCGCGGGGCCCACGCCCCCUCCCCCCGAGCAGCUCCUGACCCUCGAGCCCGAGCCCGUGACCACCGCCAACGUCGCGACGCGGCGCCUGUGGCUGGGGCUCAAGUACGUCGGCGACCAGCCCGUCAUGCGCAACGUCAAGUCCGUCAGCAAGCCCAGCCGGCCCAUCACGAUGAAGCUGCCGGGGCUGCGGCGCAUCGCGCGCGGGUUCGAGGAGGGCUACGUCGACGGGUUGAAGAUGGGCGAGUGCAUGUUUGUCGCCACCGACAAGGGGGUGCUUGAGAUCCGGGAGGCGCUGGAGAAGGAGAUCGGGGGGCUUGUGCUGGCGCGGGUGUCGCCUUAUUGAGGGGGGUUGGUCUCUUUUUUUUUUUCUUUGAUGAAGGGCUGGGUGUUUUUGUAGGGAAGGGGAAGGAGGGAUUGGGCGAGUCAUCGGGUGAGGGGGCUUUUGAGAGAGAAACGGUGUGUGUGUGAGAGAGAGAGAGAGGCUCAAAGGACCAAGAUGAGCGGGAUGGAUGGCAGCACGGCAUGGCAUGGCAUGGCAUGGCAAGGCAAGGCGGCUCCGGGUCCCAAGGACAGACAGACAGCCAGCCCGCGAGACGCGCAACGGCAGCCAAUGAUGGCGAGAUCAUGCUCCAAGAACCUGUCCGCCGCCGCCGGGUCAACGAUUCUGCGGAAAGCGAGACUGAAGCGGAGAGAGUAUUUGUCGCCGUCGUCGAGGAGGAAGCCAUGAUCUAUCUGAUCGACCGGCGCAAAAGUCUCUCGACCGACUCGCUCGGCUGCGGAGAGCAGCCGACCGGGCCAUCAUUGUGACAUACUCUCCAUCCAAUAUGAAGACAAACAAAAUCAAACUACUUACGCACCUCCCUCCCCAAAAAACUCUUUGGCUGGCUGGCUAGCCCACAAGGGACAAGAUGCCCCAGCCCCAGCUUUGACUGUAUGUGGUUUUGACGGCCCCAGGAAUACAGAUAGGCCUUCCAUCGAUC